AUGGCGCCCUCUUCCACGACAUGGCGCGACACCGGCUCGCGAAUCCUGGUGCAGUACGUAUCCAAAACGCCGACACCUGCGUGCCUGGCUCAGGACAUGGCCAUAUUCUCUAAGCUCGGCCAGCGCACCUCCGCUAUCCGCACAUAUCCACAGCCUCUCACAAAUUACAUACCUUCGUGUCCCGCCAUGAGCCGCAACGUCUCUACUCAACCCAAGGCCACUCGUGCCCCGCAAGGCGCGUUGGUGAAACAUCGCGUUGGCGGAUGGCUGCCGCGCAACGACGAGGUUCUGAAGACCUGGCUCAACAAGAAGAUCGCCAUCGUCGAGCACCCAUCCCGCGUCGACGAGCCUCUUAAGCCGGUGAUUCAAGACUUCCAGACUUUCGUCGAGACCAACCCAGUGAUCUACAUGUAUUGCAACCAAAUGUUUGAGCAAGUGCCCACCAAGCCCCCGUACGACAACGAUCCGACGGGCAAACCGCAGGUCCGCGACUACAAGUUGAUGUUCAAGCUGUUCAACGACAUCAUUGGAACUGCCCCUAGCUACGAAGACGACGACCUUGUCGGCUUCCCCAUCAAUGCUAUUCUAGACUGGCCCAUGGGCACUCCUGCCGGCAUGGCCUUCUUCUCGAGCCCUGAGGUCAACGUGCACUUCAAGAACAUGUUCGACGUCUGGACCAGCUUCCUCACCUCCUCGGCUUCGUGCACCGUGCUCGACGACUCUGCGAACGGGUGGUUUGGGCCGGCGGCGAGCGCCGCGCUCCCGAACUUUGAGCAAACGUACGUUUGCGACCCUACCGCGCCCUUCCACGGCUUCAAGUCCUGGGACGACUUCUUCACGCGCCUGUUCAUUCCCGGCGUCCGCCCCGUCCUCUUCCCCGACGAGGACAUCAUCACCAGCGCGUGCGAGAGCACCGUCUACCGCAUCGCUUUCGACGCGCAGGAGACGGACAGCUUCUGGCUCAAGGGGCAGCCGUACUCGCUCGUCCACAUGCUCAACAACGACGAGUUCGCGGCGCAGUUCGUCGGCGGGACGGUCUACCAGGCCUUCCUCUCCGCGACGAAGUACCACCGCUGGCACGCGCCCGUGAACGGCACCAUCGUGCGCGUCGUCACCGUCCCGGGCACGUACUACGCGGAGUCGCCGGAAGAGGGCUUCCCGGACCCGGACGCCGCGGGCCCGAACCUCUCGCAGGCGUUCAUCACCGCCGUCGCGACCCGCACGAUCAUCUUCAUCCAGGCGGACAACCCGACCAUCGGCCUGCUCGCGUUCAUCGGGGUCGGGAUGGCGGAGGUGUCGACAUGCGAGGCGACCGUCAAGGCCGGGGACGUGGUGAAGAAGGGCGACCAGCUGGGGAUGUUCCACUUUGGCGGGUCGACGCACUGCCUUAUCUUCGGGCCGCAGGUGAAGGUCACGUUCGACCCCGAGAUAGUCAUUGAGGCGGAUGUUAACCUCAACGCCCCCAUUGCUACGGUCGCCGCUGCUUAA